AUGCCGUUGGACGGCGCUGGAGAAGCCGCGAGCGCCGCGAGCGCCGCGAGCGGUCACGAAAAGGAGCGAGCGCUCCCCGCUCACCGCUCAAGCUCUGAUCUCUCUGCUACACAUCUCGUUGGCGGGUCUGAAGUGGAGGGGCGCAAGGAGGAAGGUCGAGAUCAGGACGACGAGCGUGAAGAGAGCUACAACAGUCCAAGCAACGAAGCCGAAACGGAGCGAGCCUGCGACAGCAAGGUCGCGUCAGUGCGGAAUGUAGAAGCGGUGCAUUCCUCGGAAUCAGAUGGAGAUGCGUACUGCCAGCGCACGUUGCAGGUGUUGCCCGUAAAGGAGACGAUGUCCAGGACCGAACGAAACAAGCGCCUUAAGAAGACGAAGAAAGGGGGGAAACGACUCGCAACUGCUGCGUUUGCGACGUAUCCGUCAUCACGUGGCGUUCUCGACCCACUGGUAGGUGCUCGUGUGGAUGGAAUGCUGGCGGUGGAGACCAAUCGCUCCCACAUUUACGAUUAUCUUCUCGAACACGACGAGAAUGUUAUCUAA